GUGGAGAUAAAAAGUUGAAAAUAUAGGUUUUUGUGUAACCGGAGAUAGUGAUGGUUGAAAAUAUAAAGGAGGAAAAUGGGUGCAUCAGAGUCUAAGGAAGAGACAUCCAAAAUAACAAAAUUUGCCUUAGUCGGAUCAAGUGGCUCCGGGAAAUCCGCAUUUGUAAACGCCGUGAGAAGCAUCAACAGUGAAGACAGGCAAGCAGCAAGGGUCGAUAUUGUUGAGGAGAAGAGAGAGCAAAAGGAAUACAUUCAUCCAAAAUAUCCUCUAAUAAGCUUCUACGAUUUUCCUGGUUAUGGCACACGAAACUAUCCCAGAGUUGAAACGUAUUGGAAUAAUUUCAAAUUGGAGAAGUUUGGAAUAUUUCUGAUUUUUAUCUCACUCAGAGUCACCAGCCUUGAUCUCGAUAUGAUAAAAAAAGCGAAAAAUGCUAAAAAAGAUAUUUUUAUUGUUCGUACAAAAAUUGAUAUCGAAUACACGUUGGAAAAAGAUAAAGAGCAUUUCAAUGAAAUAGCUGUGAUGAUCAGGAACUACGUAUUCAGAGAAACGGAGGUGGAACAGAUAUUCCUUAUCAGUAACUAUCGUCCAGACGAGUGGGAGUUCCUUAAAUUAAUACACGCUGUUGAGAGAAUCUUGCCGGUUUCUGAAAAAGGGAUAUGGGAAAAUUUCUUUGCGAAGAGCAUGGCCAAAUUUUCCGAUGCUUUCAAGGACAACGCGAUUGAGGCUGCAGAGAAACUGAUUGAAGACCUUGAUCAGUGGAAAGAAGUUAAAAUAUCCGUAGCCGUUGUCGGGAAAAAUGGUUGCGGGAAAUCAAGUUUCAUAAACGCCAUUAGAGGAGUCGAGGAUGACGACGAGAAUGCAGCAAAAACGGAUGUCGUCGAAACCACGAAGUCUCCAGUUAAGUAUUCCCAUCCAAAUAUUCCCAAUAUAAUCCUUGCCGAUUGUCCAGGUAUCGGUUCGAAUGAUAUCUCAGAUGUUGAAGCCUUCUGCAGAGAUAUCAAAAUUCAGGAAUAUGACGCAUGUAUCAUUAUGACCUCGGAACGGUUUGAAAAGGUCACUGAAGCUUUAGCGGAAAAACUUAAAUCAAUUAAAAAGCCUUUCUUUUUAACUCGCACGAAAAUUGACAACGACAUCAAAGUAAACGAAGAACGAAGAAGAAUACCAGAAGAAACUACACUGGAAAGUAUUAGGAGAGAUUGUUCUGAUAGCUUAACAUCAGCGAAGGCACCACUUGAUGACGACGAUAUUUUUUUGAUCAGUAACCACCGUCCAGGCAAAUGGGAUUUCGCUGCCUUGCGAACAGCAAUCAAAGAUCGACUACCCACCCGUGUGCGUGAGGUCUUUCUUCUGCCUAUCGUUGCGUUUUCUGAAAACAUUUUGAAGCAAAAAGUUGAAAAUCUUAAAGAUCGAAUAAAGAAAAUUGCAGCAAAACAAGUAUUAAGUUCCUUUGCCUCUGCGCACUAUAGCCUCAUUAUUGAAGAAGUGAAAUUCUAUAGAGCUGGACUGGGAUUUCCAGAGAAACCUGGAGGUCGGGAAGCCAUCGAAAAAUUUUACUUAAAACCUGAUUCUAACGUGGAACACUGGCUAAGAGAGUUCGAUCAUUGUGGCUACAAUUCAGAGGAAAAACUCUACACGUUCCUGUGUCGUGCACUGAACAAUGUCUUGGAUGAAAUGGGAAAGGCUGUGCUGGAACAUGUUGAUAAAACCGUUAGAAAGGGCAUAUACCAAGCUUGAAAAGAAAAACUAUAGACGAAACUUUAAGCGCACUUGCAGACAAUGCAAUUUGAUGCGAAAAUAAUUUUUACCGAUAGUUAUAAACUGCUAAUUUACUUAGCCUGAUUUCUAAUCAUGCAUGAUGAUUACGCAAGUAGCAAACAGUAUAUAGUAGAAAAAGAAAAAUCAUCUCCACUUUUUGUAUACCUAAGAUAGUUAAAUAUUAUUUCUGUCACU